AUGAAAAACAAUAGACCCUAAGUAAAUGGUGAUGAUCCUGAGUCCUAAAAGUAGAACUCGCUAAUCUUUAAUUCUGAGGAGGGACCUUUAAAUGAAAUUAAUUUUAAGGAAAGUAUCAUAAGCAAUGAUGACAAAAAAACCCUCCCUCAAGCUAAAGGACCUACAAAAUAAAAUCAGGUUGACAUUGACAAUGAAAACUUAAAUAAAAAUUAGCUUCUUUACUAUUUUGAUAUUGGAGAGGAUUAAUAACUAUAAAAGCCUAUGUAAUUCUAUACAAAUAAGAUCAAAACAUCUAAGUAUACUUGGUAUAAUUUCUUACCGAAGAAUCUAUUUUUUCAACUCAAAAAAAUAUAUAAUGCCUAUUUCAUUCUGAUAGCCAUCUUGCAAUUGAUAAAGUAAGUCAGCACUACAGGUGGACGUCCUUCAAUUCUUGUACCCCUAGCUGUUGUCUUAUUUAUUAGUGCAGGUAAAGAUAUUAUAGAGGACCUAAAGAGAUCAAAGGCAGAUUCAGAAGAGAAUGAAUCGACUGUAGAAGUUUAUGAUAAAUCCACUCAAAGUUAUAAAAUUGUGAAAUGGGAGACAUUAAAAGUUGGGUAGAUAGUCAAGGUUAAGAAUCAUUAAAAUAUUCCAGCAGACUUAAUCUUUAUUGCAAGUUCGAGUCAUGAUUAGAUUUGCUAUGUUGAAACAAAAGGAUUGGAUGGUGAGACUUCACUUAAAAUGAAGCGAUCACUAAAUUAAAGGUUGAAGAUGGAUAUGGGUACCUUUAAUCUAAAAGGAAAUGUCUAAUGCGAUCAUCCAAAUAACUUGAUAUAUAAAUUUGCUGGAAAUUUAGAAAUUAUCUCAAAAUAAUAAACAUCUGAGAAAUAUGGCUUAAAUAUUGAUAAUUUGCUUUUAAGAGGUUCUGGUUUGAGGAAUACUGAAUAUAUAAUAGGGUUAGUAACAUACGCAGGACAUCAAACAAAAAUCAUGUAGAACUCGCAGUUAUCAAAAAUGAAAACAUCAAAAAAUGACAAGUUCUUAUUCAGAUAAGUAUUUAUUAUGUUUGGGUUUCUAAUCUUCCUCUGUCUAUUCGCCUCACUCUUUGGAACUGCAAUGGAUGAUGAGAACGAGGUAAAGAAAAAAUAUCUCUAGGUUGAGCAGUAUCACUCAAACAAUAGCACAAAUUUCUUUAUCAGAUUCUUGAUUAAAAUAUGCAUCUGGAUUUAAAAUUUACAGCAUUUAAUACCUGUAACUCUAUUCUUGACCCUCGAUGGUGUUAGAUUGAUAUAUAGCUACUUUAUUGGUUGGGAUGUGAUGAUGUACGAUUAAUAGAAUGAUUUCUAACCCAAAGUCUAAUCUAGCAAUUUAAAUGAGGAGAUAGGCUAAGUAACUCAUAUCUUUACAGAUAAAACAGGGACCUUGACUUAGAACAUAAUGAACUUUAAAGAAUUUAGUGCUGGUUCAUACUCUUAUGGUUAAUCGGAUAAAGACUGCUUUGAAGCUAUGAAGUUAAGAUCUAGGGAUGAUUGGAAAGCUAAUUUAAGAAAUGUGAACUUUGAUGAUCCUAAGUUCUAUGAACACUAUCAAGAUUCUAGUCAUUCAAAUUUUAAAAAUAUAAAUGAAAUACUAUUUGCAAUGUCUAUCACCCACACAGUUAUCAAAUCAAUUGAUAAUGACAAGAAAUAAGAUAGUCCUUAUUCUGCUAGUUCUCCUGACGAAUAGUCUCUUGUAAAUGCUGCAGCAUUCUUAGGCUAUAGAUUCAUUGAUAGAAACAAUAUUCAAAAUACAAUAAUUAUCUAAAAAUAAGAUGGUAAGGAAGUCACUCUUAAAGUAUUGCAUGCAUUUGAAUUUACCUCUGAGAGGAAAAAAAUGUCUGUUAUAGUUUAGGAUGAGUAAAACAAAAUAAAGCUUUAUUGUAAAGGGGCUGAUUCAGUCAUCUUAAACAAAUUAGCUAAGAAAGGUAACAUUGAUGAAGAAAUAUAAGCCACCCACGAUUAUCUCAGAUAAUAUGGUGAAAAGGGUAUGAGGACAUUGGUCUAUGCUCGCAGAGACCUAGAUUAGUCAGAAUAUGAUAAAUGGAACUAAAAAUUUAUAAAUAUCAAUCCUAGUGAUUAAGAUCAAUAGCUAGAUAUUUUGUAAUAAGAAUUAGAAAAUGAUUUCAUAUUGUUAGGAUCAACAUCAAUUGAAGAUGUUCUCUAAGAUAGAGUAGAGGAGACCAUUAGAGACCUAAAAAAAGCAAAUAUAAAAUUCUGGCUUUUAACUGGAGAUAAAGUAGAAACUGCUAUAAGCGUGAGUUAAAGCUGUCAUUUAUUAAAUCCAUCAAGCAAGCUAUUUGUAAUUGACAAGGAAAAUCAUGAAGGAAUAAAUUAGUAAAUAAAGGAAAUUUAAGAUUAUACUGACUCUAAACAACAAAAUAGUUAAUACUCAAUAGUUGUAACUGGAAAUUCCUUGGUUUUGUUAUCAUAAAAUAAAGAGGAAAAGAAUAAUUUCAUUAAACUAUCUAAGAAUGCAGAUGUUGUUUUAGGAUGCAGAGUAUCUGCUAUUUAAAAAGCUGAGCUGGUAAAGAUUGUCAAGGAAAAUUUCAAAAACGAAAUAACACUUGCUAUUGGAGAUGGAGCAAAUGAUGUGAGCAUGAUUACUGAGGCUCAUGUAGGAGUGGGUAUCUAAGGUAAAGAAGGCCAUUAAGCUUCCAGAGCGUCUGAUUAUGCUCUUGGCUAGUUUCAAUAUCUAAAGAACCUGCUAUUUGUCCACGGUAGAGAGUCUUAUAGAAGGGACUCUUACUGCGUAUGCUACUUCUAUUAUAAGAAUAUAUUAUUUGUCUCUCCGUAGUUCUGGUUCGGAAUUGUAAAUGAAUUUUCAGGUCAAAACAUCUAUGAAAUCUGGAUUUAAUAGUUCUACAACAUUAUAUUCACCUCUCUUCCAAUUAUCUGGUAUUGCAUUUACGAUCAACAACACGAUAAGGAGUAUCUAUUAAACACUCCUAAAGCAUAUUUGAAGGGUCCUUAAAGAAGACAUUUAAACUAACCUAUUUUCUGGAGAUAUAUCAUAUAAGCAUUCCUACAAUCCUGUCUAAUAAUGUUUUUGGCUUUUUACACCUUUGAUUAUACUGUUAAUCCUAAAGGGCUAUCAGCUUCUAUAUUCUUGGUUGGCUAACUUAUUUUCUGCUCCUUGAUAUUUUUCUCCAAUUUUGAAAUCCUAUUUUAAUUCAAAACUCAUGAUUAUGUCAGCACUGGACUACUGCUAUUCUCAAUAUUAUCAUUUUUCUUGAUAUUCAAAAUAUAAGACACCUCAAAUUCCAGUCCUGAUAUGAAUGGAACGUUCUUUUGGGUUUGGAAAACCCCUGUAUUUUACCUUACUCUAAUAUUUGUUUCUUUCACCCAGUACGUUAUUCAAGUUAUUUUUGAAUUUGCCUAUGAAUAGAUUAGAUAUAACAGGAAAUAGACAGUGAAUAUUAAAAAUAUUAAUCAAUGA